AUGAACCCCCAAUUGCUCAAAGCUGUCUCUACUGGCGAUGCAGACCUCUUAGCACAAAUCCUAUCCACAUCAACAAAAUGCGCAUGCCUAGAAGGCGUCACUGCAGAGGGCAGCUCUGCGCUGCAUAUUGCAGCCCGCCAUGGGUACCUGAAGCUCGUUGAGAUGAUCUGUGAUCAGGACAUAUCGCUCAUCAAGGCAAGGAACAACCUGCUCGACACGCCUCUGAUCUGCGCAGCAAGGGCUGGGCAUGUGGAUGUGGUCGAUUACCUCAUCCAGCUUGCUUCCGCCCAGCGAGAUACUGAGUAUGUACUGAGGGCAUGGAACUCUGGUGGGGCGCCGGCGGUCCAUGAGGCGGUUAGGAACGGCCAUGCAUCCGUCUUGGGAAAGCUCAUGUCAAGGGAGGCAAGCCUUGCCGCGGUGGUUGAUGGGCAAGGUGUAUCCCCGCUCUACAUGGCGGUUGUGUCCAACCAGGCUGACAUGGUUGACAUCUUGGUAACUGAAUAUCGUGAAGGUAUUGUGAGAUCGCCGGCGAGCUAUGCUGGACCAGGUGGACAAACUGCACUGCAUGCUGCGGUUUUUGCUAGAAACGAUCGAGGUAGUAUGAGAUUGGCGUGCUCAAGAAAUGUGCUUGAGUCCCUGCAACGCUGGGAGCCAACACUUGCGCAAAAGGCUGACAGCUCUGGAAGAACUGCCCUUCACUAUGCAGCACCAUCUGGGAAGACUGGAGUGGUCAAACUUUUACUGGUCAACAGCUUGCUUGCUUACAUUCCAGAUGAUGAUGGUCUCUAUCCUGUACACUAUGCUGCUAUGGGCGGCUACUCAGAAAUUAUCCGUGAGAUCAUGGAGAUAUGCCCGAGCUGCGAUGAGUUGGUUGACAAGAAACAUAGAAGUAUUUUGCAUUGCGCCGUCGAAUUCGUGAAGACUAAGGUAGUGUGGUACAUCUGCAGGAACCCAAAGUUCAAGAGUAUCAUGAAUGCGGGCGACAGUGAAGGAAACACACCACUACAUCUGGCUGUAAACCAUGUGCAUGUAUUCAUCUUCUACCUUCUUAUGAUGGAUCUUAGGUUCUUUGAUGCUUAUGCCGGCAUUUCCAUUAUAUUCGACUUGGCUAGAAGUCUGAGAUAUAAUCAUUGCUUGGAAGAAGAGAAGGAAUCCAGCCGAUACUCCGAUGUGUCCCAGAGCAUUUUAUGUCUCUCAUACCGCUCGUUGGCCUUGGCUCGGCAAUGCGGAGAGUUGCGCGAGUCCUCCGCCCCUGAGAAGGAGGACAUAGCACUGGAGCAUACCGCAUAA